AUGGGCCUCAAUAAGACGGCUCAAAAACAAGUCCAACAAGAACUUGUUUUCAGUACUGCUCUUGCAAACCAAAUGAAAGCGGAUCGCAAGAGUAUGAACAAGAGUGUUGCAUUUGUCAGUGGUUGCCACGACAUACGUACUGCUCUGGUUGCCAUAUCCAGCCUCAUAAAUCUUUGUCGUGCAACUGCAAAACCAGAACCUGAAUUGACAUCCAACUUACACCAGAUGAGUAGUUGUGCAAUGGAUCUCUUAGUCAUACUGAACUCUAUUAUUGACACAAGCAAAAUUGAAGCUAGGAAAAUGCAACUGGAAGAGGAGGAAUUCAAUGUAGCAAAGCUUGUUGAAGAUGUUGUGGAUUUGUUCUAUCCCCUCAGCAUGAAGAAAGGCGUGGAUAUUGUGCUCGAUCCCACUGACUGCUCAAUCUUCGAGCAUAUAGUCGUUAAAAGGGAUAGGGCGAAGCUCAAACAGAUUUUAUGCAACUUGUUGAGAAAUGCUAAGGAGACGGCCAUCGCACAAGGAACUGGUUUGGGUUUGGGAAUCAUCCGAUCCUUGGUGCAUCUCAUGGGGGUUGAAUGCAAAUGCAGCCUCAAUCUCAGAAAUAUCUUGUGUUUUGGGACAAGGCGUUCAUAAGUUGCAGUGUGAAAUUGUUUGGGUAGAAAAUCCUAUGAAAUCAAAGGAGUCAGAAGAUAUAGAUGAGGAGAAUAGAAUACCUGCUAGCCAUCACAUUCUGUCAAGACCUUUGCAUGGAUCACAUCUAUACCGCAUUCUACAACUGCUUCAUGAAUUCAGGCCAUCCAGAAAUAAAGAGAUUCAUUCUUCGCAUGAAGAUAGUCUAGUCGAGCAUGAAGCAACAAGUGUGGCGAAUGAAAUUGAGGUGGUGGUAGUUAGUGAAAAUGAUCAAGUGGGAGACAAUAAGGCAUUGAAUGGGAAGAAUGUGCUGCUGGUGGAAGAUGGUAGGACGUUGUGCAUGCUGGCAACGACGAUACUUCAGAAACUCGGAGCAACUCUCCAUGUUUGCGAAAAUGGAAAAGAAGCACUUGAUCUAGUCGAGACAACUUUGAAGAA